AUGGCGCGGGGCGGCGGGCGGCUGCAGCCCCGCGCCGCCGCCGCUGCCCCUGCCCGGGGGGACCGGGGGCCGCUCGGCCUCCUGUGCCUGGCGCUGCUGUGCGCGCUGGGCGCCGCCGAGGCGGAGUUCUCCAUCCUGGACGAGGCGCAAGUCCUGGCCAGCCAGAUGAGGAAACUCGCCACCGAGGAGCUGAGGGUCGUCACCAUGCAGAGGAUAUUCAACUCCUUCGUGUACACAGAGAAAAUAUCGAAUGGAGAAAGCGAAGUUCAGCAGUUGGCAAAAAAAAUCCGUGAGAAGUUCAACCGUUACCUGGACGUUGUGAAUCGGAACAAGCAGGUGGUGGAAGCCUCAUACACUGCCCACCUCACCUCACCCCUGACUGCCAUCCAGGACUGCUGCACCAUCCCCCCUUCCAUGAUGGAAUUUGAUGGGAAUUUCAACACCAAUGUUUCCAGAACCAUCAGCUGCGAUCGCCUCUCGACCACUGUCAACAGCAGAGCCUUCAAUCCUGGACGUGACUUAAAUUCUGUCCUUGCUGACAACCUGAAGUCUAACCCAGGGAUCAAGUGGCAAUAUUUCAGCUCAGAAGAAGGGAUUUUCACCGUGUUCCCAGCCCACAAGUUCCGGUGCAAGGGCAGCUACGAACACCGCAGCAGGCCCGUCUACGUCUCCACCGUUCGCCCUCAGUCCAAGCACAUCGUGGUGAUCGUGGACCACGGGGCCUCUGUCACAGAGACACAGCUCCAGAUUGCCAAGGAUGCUGCUCAGGUCAUCCUCAGCUCCAUAGAUGAGCACGACAAGAUCUCGGUGCUGACGGUGGCGGACGCGGUGCGCACGUGCUCCCUGGACCAGUGCUACAAGACCUUCCUGUCCCCUGCCACCAGCGAGACCAAGAGGAAGAUGUCCACCUUCGUCAGCAGCAUCAAGGCGUCCGACAGCUCCACGCAGCACGCCCUGGGCUUCCAGAAGGCUUUCCAGCUCCUGCGGAACACCAACAACGGCACCCGGCUCCAAGGAAAUACUGACAUGGUCAUCAUUUAUCUCUCGGCUGGGAUCACAUCAAAAGAGUCCUCAGAAGAUGAUAAAAAAGCCACUCUGCGUGUCAUCAACGAAGAGAACAGCUUCCUCAAUAACUCCGUGAUGAUCCUCACUUAUGCCCUCAUGAAUGAGGGGGUGACGGGGCUGAAGGAGCUGGCCUUCCUGCGGGACCUGGCUGAGCAGAACUCGGCCAAGUACGGCGUGCCCGACCGCAGCGCCCUGCCCGUCACCAAGGGCAGCAUGAUGGUCCUCAACCAGCUCAGCAACCUGGAGACCACCGUGGGCAGGUUCUACACCAACCUGCCCAACAGGAUGAUUGACGAGGCCGUGUUCAGCCUGCCCUUCUCGGAUGAGAUGGGGGAUGGCCUGAUAAUGACUGUCAGUAAACCCUGCUACUUCGGGAACCUCCUGCUGGGAAUUGUUGGAGUAGAUGUCAACCUUGCCUAUAUCUUGGAAGAUGUCACCUAUUACCAGGAUUCCUUGGGAUCCUACACCUUCCUCAUUGAUAAUAAAGGGUACACUCUGAUGCACCCCUCCCUGACCAGGCCCUACCUGCUGUCUGAGCCUCCCCUGCACACGGACAUCAUCCACUACGAGAACAUUCCCAAGUUCGAGCUGGUGCGCCAGAACAUCCUCAGCAUUCCCUUGGGCAGCCAGAUCAUCACAGUUCCUGUGAACUCCUCGCUGUCCUGGCACGUCAACAAGCUGAGGGAAAUUGGGAAAGAAGCCUACAAUGUCAGCUAUGCCUGGAAAAUGGUGCAGGACACAUCCUUCAUCCUGUGUGUGGUGGUGAUCCAGCCAGAAAUUCCCGUGAAGCAGCUGAAGAACCUCAACACUGUCCCCAGCAGCAAGCUGCUCUACCACAGGCUGGACCUGCUGGGCCAGCCCAACGCCUGCCUGCACUUCAAGCAGCUGGCCACCCUGGAGAGCCCCACAGUGAUGCUGUCUGCAGGCAGCUUCUCCUCCCCCUACGAGCACCUGAGCCAGCCCGAGACCAAGCGGAUGGUGGAGCACUACACGGCCUACCUGAGCGACAACACGCGCCUCAUCGCCAACCCCGGCCUCAAGUUCUCUGUCAGGAAUGAAGUAAUGGCAACCAGUCACGGCACGGAUGAAUGGAUGACCCAGAUGGAGAUCAGUGGCCUCAACAGUUACAUUGUCAGGCGUUACAUAGCAACCCCCAAUGGGGUGCUGCGCAUCUACCCCGGCUCCCUCAUGGACAAAGCAUUUGAUCCCACCAGGAGACAAUGGUACCUGCAUGCAGUGGCCAAUCCAGGACUAAUCACCUUUACUGGGCCUUACCUGGACGUGGGAGGAGCUGGAUAUGUGGUGACCAUCAGCCACACUGUCCAUUCCUCCAGUGCUCAGAUGUCCUCAGGACACUCCGUGGCUGUGAUGGGCAUCGACUUCACCCUCAGAUAUUUCUACAAAGUCCUCAUGGACCUGCUGCCAGUUUGUAACCAAGAUGGCGGGAACAAAAUCAGGUGCUUCAUCAUGGAGGACAGGGGGUACCUGGUGGCACAUCCAACCCUCAUCGACCCCAAGGGCCACGCGCCCGUGGAGCAGCAGCACAUCACUCACAAGGAGCCUCUGGUAGCAAACGACAUCCUGAACCACCCCAACUUUGUCAAGAAGAACCUCUGCAACAGCUUCAGCGACAGGACUGUGCAGCGCUUCUACAAGUUCAACACCAGCUUAGUGGGUGACCUGACCAACCUGGUGCACGGCAGUCACUGCUCCAAGUACAGGCUGACGAGGAUCCCGGGCACCAACGCCUUCGUGGGCAUCGUCAACGAGACGUGCGACUCGCUGGCCUUCUGUGCCUGCAGCAUGGUGGACAGGCUGUGCCUCAACUGCCACAGGAUGGAACAGAACGAGUGUGAGUGUCCCUGUGAGUGCCCGCUGGAGGUGAACGAGUGCACUGGGAACCUGACCAACGCCGAGAGCAGGAAUCCCAGCUGUGAGGUGCACCAGGAGCCGAUGACUUUCACGGCCAUCGAUCCCAGCCUGCAGGAUGCACUCCCCCAGUGCAUCAACACCCAGUGCAACCAGAGGACAGAGAGUGGGGAUUGCUUUGGAGUGCUGGACUGCGAGUGGUGCAUGGUGGACAGCGAUGGGAAGACCCACCUGGACAAGUCCUACUGUGCCCCUCAGAAGGAAUGCUUUGGUGGCAUCGUGGGAGCCAAGAGUCCCUAUGUGGAUGACCUGGGAGCAAUAGGAGAUGAGGUGAUCACCCUGAACAUGAUCAAGAGUGCCCCGGUGGGCCCCGUGGCUGGGGGCAUCAUGGGCUGCAUCAUGGUGCUGGUGCUGGCCGUGUAUGCGUACCGGCACCAGAUCCACCGCCGCAGCCACCAGCACAUGUCCCCGCUGGCAGCACAGGAAAUGUCAGUGCGUAUGUCCAACCUGGAAAACGACAGGGACGAGAGGGACGACGACAGCCAUGAAGACAGAGGAAUCAUCAGCAACACUCGGUUCAUUGCCGCCGUCAUCGAGCGCCACGCGCACAGCCCCGCGCGCCGCCGCCGCUACUGGGGCCGCUCCGGCACCGAGAGUGACCACGGCUACAGCACCAUGAGCCCCCAGGAGGACAGCGAGAACCCCCCCUGCAAUAACGACCCUCUCUCGGCUGGCGUGGACGUGGGGACCCACGACGAGGACCUGGAGCUGGACACGCCCCCGCAGACGGCAGCGCUGCUGAGCCACAAAUUCCACCACUACCGGCUGCACCACCCCACCCUGCACCACAGCCACCACCUGCAGGCCGCUGUCACCGUGCACACCGUGGAUGCCGAGUGCUGAGGACAGCGCGGCCACCCCCUGCGGGCUGUGCCACUGGGGACAUCACAGCUGCCACCUGCAGGCUGUGCCACUGGGGACAUCACAGCUGCCACCUGCAGGCUGUGGCACUGAGGACACCACAGCCACCACCUGCAGGCUGUGCCACUGGGGACACCACAGCCACCACCCUGCAGGCUGCUGGCACCGUGCACUGAGGACACCAUAAAUGCCACUCCAGGGCCAUGGGGACUGUGCUGCUCCCCAAGGACAAGCUCACAGGCUUCCCCACCAAACUGAGGCACCAGAGCUUUGCAUUUUUACAAAUGGAAGGUUGGCUCUGGCCUGCAAACGUGCUUGAUGAAUGGACCUGCCAAAACAUGGAGGAAAAUGGAGCAGGAGGCAUGUUAGACCUCCAGGAACAGGGAUGGGAGUUUAUCCAGCAGCUGGAGUUUGUUGUGCUGAGCCAAGAGGAGACAGAGAGCAUAAAGAGCCAGAGAUGAUUUGGUUUCCUUAACUGGAAGAGCAGGAAUGUGCAGCUGGAGAGCCCAGAAGUGCCAGGCAGAGCAGGAAGGCUGCUGGCUUCUCUGCAGGUGGAGAGCUCCCUGUGCCCACGUUGCUCUGCGGGACCCGGGACAAUGCAUCUCAAGAUUUUUAAGUAAAGGAUUAUUUUUCUACUAUUUAUUGAACUUGAAACCUUGGGGGGAGGGAGGGGAGAAAACCUGUUAGGGAUUCUCGACGAGUACCACGUGCAUUCUGUGCUGGGGAAGGGGCUCUUCCCAGGAAAACAGCUGUUCCCUGGGAGCUGACCUUCAGCCAGUGCCCCACUCUGCAAAGGGAAAAUGAAGAAGCCCUCUCUGCCUCGCUGUUUACAUUAGGAUUGCUUUCUUUUCCACACUUGUUUCCUGUAAAUAUUACAGCCUGAUUUCUAUUCCAGUAUUGUCUUCCUAUCUGCAGAGGAGAAAUCCUGUACUCCAUUACUAAAGUUCAGAGAAUUCUGCCCAGAAACUUCUCCAUCUUUAACUCUUCGCUCAUCCUUAAAGGAUUCCUGUGUGGAAGUAAUAAAGAAUUUCUUUAGCAUUAGUUACCAGAUAAUCCCAAAUGGAAUCUGUGCCAUUCUUCUGUUUCCUUGGACCACAAGUAGGGAUAAACCAGUGUUUUGUAAAACUUGGGUUACUGUGGAAGAAACCUUGAAACCAUAAUGAGAAGCUGCUGCUGUUUGUCUGGAAUUUUAACCUUGCUUGGUAAUUCAAACAAAGAUUAAUCAAUGUCUACAACAAAGGGCAUCAUAAUUAUCAGUAUGUUUUCAAUCACAGUGUUGUAUUUUAGAUGCACAUUUUGUGAUUACAAUGAUAUCAAGCCAUUCUUGCACUGUGCAUAUGGUAAACAUCCAUUUAUAUGUAGGUUUUUUUAAAAAAAAUCACUUGUUUUAAUUAAUAUGGUACUUAAUACUGUAUUAUGUAAAAAAUUGGUUCUUAAACAGUACAGUAAGAUAACUCUACGUGUGAUACCAGGAUAUCCCUUUAUACUAUGUAUAAAAUUAAAAUCUCUAGUGAAAUAAACUGUAUAUAAGUAUAGAUCUGUGGAGAAAUGGCUGCACUGAAAUGAUUCUGCUUCAGUUUCCUUCUCUGGCUGAACAGGACUGAAAAUUCACUCCAGUUCCUCCAGUUUUAUCAACAGCCUUGAGAAAUCUAAACUUUAAAUAUAAAUGACAGUAUUGA